AUGUCAGAUAACUGGCCAAAGAAAGGUAGUGAAGCCAUCGAGUUGGAACAUGUAAACAUUGCCGCGGACAAGGCUAAUACGGCGGCAACUUCCGAGGGAGUCCUGCCACCCGAACAAAGAAAUGAAGAAGCUCGCAUCAGACGCAAGGUCGACUGGCGACUCAUACCUAUUUUAGGCGUCCUCUACUCCAUUGCGGGCCUGGACAGAGUCAAUCUAAGUAAUGCCCGUGUUGCGGGUAUGAACCAAGACCUGCAAUUUGAUAUCGGCGAUCGCUACUCCAUUGCCUUGCUCGUGUUCUUCAUCACUUAUUUUCUGUUCGAGAUUCCAAGUACCCUUUCAUUGAGGUGGAUUGGGCCGAAGGCUUUCUUAAACACGUUGGUCUUUAGCUGGGGAACUGUGAUGCUGGGGAUGGGAUUUGCCAACGAUUGGCGAGUCAUUGUGGUUUGCCGGAUGCUUAUUGGCGUUUUUGAAGCCGGAUUCCUUCCAUGCUGCAUGUAUUUGCUGGGUAGCUGGUAUAUGCGCUAUGAGGUGCAACAGCGGAUGGCAUGGUGGUAUCUUAUCAAUCUCUUCGUAAGCGCAUUUGGGAAUAUACUGGCCUACGCGUUAAUCUUGCUCAAUGGAUCAUAUGGAAUUGCGGGAUGGAGGAUUGAAGGAGCUAUCACUAUCGGAUUCUCCGCAGUCGGGUACUUAUUCACUCUCCCGUUUCCUGACCAGCUCCUAGCCAGCGGCAAUCUCGGGGCCUUCACGAGACAAGAGCUUAAGAUGGUACUCGACCGUGUCGAACGCGAUCGAGGAGAUGCGGAACCAGACAAGCUUAGCAAGAAAAAGGUACUGGAACUCAUUUGCGUAUGGGAAUUGUGGGUUUAUGGAUUUAUGUUCUGGACAUGUUCGGUGCCCAUCUACGCUUUUGCGUACUUCAUUCAGAUUAUCCUCACGACCCUAGGCUACUCUACGGCUGUGGUUUUCCUUCUAUGCGCUCCUCCAUACUUGUUCAGCAUGAUUUGGACUGCCGCAGUUGCCUAUUUUGCGGAUAGAGCACGUCUGCGAAUGCCUUGGAUGGUUUUAAAUGCUGCUAUUACAUUGACAGGGCUUCUCCUGACAGCGUAUCAUAAGAACAAUGCCGUUAGAUAUCUUGGUGUCUUCCUGGGUGUCUCUGGGUGUAAUGCCAAUUUGCCGACGAUCAUCGCAUUUCAAUCCAAUAACGUGCGAGGCAACAGUCGACGCUCAAUGGGUUCGGCCAUACAGAUGCUGUUUGCUGCAGUCGGUGGCAUAUUUGCCUCAACGACUUUCAUGCAAAGCGAGUAUCCGACCUAUCGAACAGGCGUUUGGUGCUCUGUGGGCACGCAAGGAUUGCUAUGCGUACUUGUCUGCGUCAUGUGGCUUCACUUUCUGAAGGAGAACAACAAAGCGAACCGUCAUGAAGAGACCAUCCAGGGAGAUUCCAAUUUCAGAUACACCUUCUAG